AUGCCACCUCGUCGCAAGGCCGCGGCCGUCGUCAAGCAAGAAGAAGAAUCGUCUGAUGAUUCGGUACCACAGCCACCCACAUCUCGUGGGGGCCGAGCGAGUCGCACAGCCGCUUCAACAUCGUCAGCAACGGGGAAUAAACAAGCCGCGUCGACGUCGUCCAGAGCUCGUCCGGCUCGAUCCACUCGUGGCAAGAAGAAUGUCGUCGAGUCUGAAGAGGAGGAGGUAGAAGGGGAUAAGCAAGAUCGGGAGGAGGAGGCGCAACACGUUCAACCUGUUGCGAAGAAGGCGGCGACGGGGGGGCGUCGCGCUGAGACGCGUCGAUCAACCAACUCGACCACUUCCACCUCAGGCAGCUCCAAGGCCACCACCGGGAGCAAGACUCGCACUUCGAGACAAUCUGCCAAGGUCAAAAAGAUUCCGGACGAAGAAGAGACCGCUGAUGACCGCUUUGAUGUAGAGGAGGAGGACGUCAAGCCCACAAUCCCGGCCAAGAAGCGCGCCGCGGCGGCCCCAGCUCAAGGCCGGGGUAAGAAGGUCGCGCCCUCUAUCGACUCGGACGAGGCGAGUGAAGCGGAGCAGGAGCAAGUAGAAUCCGUGGAGGAGGAAGAAGCGGAGGCAGAGGAAGUAGGGUCGGAGAAUGAGGUCGAAGCGGACGAGGCCACUCUUUCUGCCGCUGCUCAGGCUCAAGCUCUUGACGAGCCCGUCGUCGAGGAGGCGGUUAAAGAUGCUGACGAAGAUGGAGAAGAAGCGACGCAGCGCCCACCUCCUUCUCAAGCAUCUCGAUCAUCCGCUACACCAGCACCGACCGCUUAUGACCUUGCGGCUCAAGCGCGUGCAGCUGCUCUCAACCACGCCGCGCUCGAGAAACAACGCGAGAAGGAACGCGAGGGCAAGCCUAGAUUGGUCAUCCAUCAACUUGUGCUCGAGGACUUCAAGUCGUACCGAGGUCGAGGCGUCAUUGGGCCCUUCCACAAGGUAGCUUAACGUCUGUCCAGGCUCGUAGGCUGGUCUUCACUACUAACACCGGCUCUGUAAAUUCUUCAGUCCUUCUCAUCGAUCGUGGGACCCAACGGCUCAGGAAAAUCAAACACCAUCGAUGCUCUGCUCUUCGUCUUUGGUUAUCGUGCGACCAAGAUGCGUCAGGGAAAGCUGUCCGAGCUUAUCCACAACUCGGGCGUGGUCGUGCCGGAAGAAUCCUCUACGAACCCGCUGGCACCCACGCAAGACGAGGCCGACGGAGUCGAGUACGAAGAUGACGAGAGCGAUGAUGAUGGUAGUUUUGGCAAGAAGAAGGGUGGCAAAAAGGGCAAGGGUAAGAAGAAGGAUGCGAACUAUGGUACUGCACAAGAGGGCCUAAUCGGGAGCUGCACCGUCGAGGUCUGGUUUCGAGAAAUCAUUGAUCUGGUAAGCCCGCCUUCAGCACCGCGGCAAACUCCAACGCGGUACAUGCUGAUGACUUUUUUGUCGUUAGCCCGGUCGUGAUGAUUUUACGGUCGUACCCAACUCACAACUCAUUGUCGCCCGCACGGCCUAUCGCAACAACUCGAGUCGCUACACGUGAGUGAAAACACCGCUACAGGCGGGGUAUCCCUAAAUGCUUCAUCGACUCACAGUGCUCGUUUAUCUUCGCAGCAUCAACGGCAAAGUCUCGAGCUUCACAGAAGUGCAGACACUCUUGAAAGCUCGCGGGAUUGAUCUCGACCACAAGCGUUUCUUGAUCCUCCAGGCGAGUGCAGAAGAUAUCACAAUACCCGCGAUCCGACCUUACGCUGACCUAACGAUGAAUCGUAACAAUGAAGGGUGAGGUCGAAUCGAUCGCCCAGAUGAAGCCCAAGGGAGCAACCGAGCACGACGAAGGCUUGUUGGAGUACCUCGAAGACAUCAUCGGCACGUCAAAGUACAAGCUCGAGAUUGAGGCCGCAAACGUCGAGGUCGAGCGAUUGAACGAUGCUCGAGGCACCCAACUGAACCGCGUCAAGCUCGUCGAACGAGAGAAAGGUGCGCUCGAAAGCAGGAAGAAAGAAUGCGACUCCUACUUGUGCGAUCAGAAUGAGCUCGUGCACAACAACUCGGCCUUGUUCCAGGUCAACAUCCAUCAAGCCAGUUACAAUGCCGAGAUCCACGCCGCGGAGCUUCAGGAGGCGCAGUCGGGCUUGGAUGCUGAGCUUGAGGAUCAGACGGGGACGAAGGAGGAGGUUGAGGCGCUGCAGCACGAGUACAAUGAGAUGGUCAAGGAUUGCAAGGUCAGUUCAUGGCUCUGUGGUGGCCCGAUUCCCUGGUCUGACGUCGGGCUCGCUCCUGCUCUUGUCACAGGACACCGAGAAAGCCACAGCCGAGAUCGUCAAGCAUUUAGCCGUGCUCGAUCGUGCGGAUGUGCAGCGUCAGGAGAAGAAGAAGUCGAUGGUGACCAAAGUCAAGAAGUUGAAGAAAGUACUUGAAGAGGAAGGGCACUCGCGCUCCGAAGCCGAAACCUGGGUGAAGAACCACUCCGAUACGAUCACUCGCGUCGGCGGCGAGAUGGAGAAGAUGGAGAGCUUGCUUGAGAAGGAGGAGCUCGAACUUGAAAAGGUUCGCGACUCGCUCAAGGGCAAGACGGAGGUGUUCUCGGCGCAGAUCGAGACUCUGCAAACGGAACUGCAGCCAUGGGCCGAGCAGAUCGGUGCGAAGCAAGCCGCUAUCAACCUCGCUCAGAACGAACGCGACAUGCUCGUCGAGAAGGGCGAUACAGUGCGAAUCGCCAUCGAGGAAGCCGAGGCGUCGAUCCACAAGUUGCGAAGCGACGACGAGACCAAGAGCGGACGACUGGCCGAACUGACGGCUGAGAAGGCCGAGGUCGAGGCGCAGAUUGCCAAAGCCCAGAGCGACAUCAACGUAAGUCCGGUUCGAUGAGAUGUCGAAUGAGUGCGCAUUAUUUGACAAGCCAGACAUUCUCUGACCGCGCAGGCGAUGCAAUCUCGAGACGCCAAGCUGCGAGAGCGAGCGACCGCGGCCAGGCAAAGGUCGGACGAGGCCAAGGCCUCGCAGUCGGCGAGUCGAUCCCAAGGGGACACCCUCGCCACGUUGACCAAGCUCAAGGAUCAAGGCCGACUCCCCGGCUUCCACGUGAGUAUUUCUGUCGAGAAUGCUGACCAAACAAAGAAGCUGACACAUCUUUCGAAUCAGGGUCGAUUGGGUAACCUGGGCCGAAUCGAUGACAAAUUCGACGUCGCCGUUUCCACCGCCUGCGGAGGUUUGGACAACAUCAUCACCGACACAGUCGUGGUUGCGCAGCAAUGCAUCGACGUCGUUCGCAAGAACCAGCUCGGACGGGUGAACGUCAUGGCGCUGGAGAAGAUCAAGGCGCGCCAGAUGGACAAGAUCGCCACACCCGAGAACGUACCUCGCUUGUUCGACCUCAUCACGCCCAAAGAGGCACACUUCGCCCCGUGCUUCUUCCAGCUCUUGCAAAACACGCUCGUCGCCAACGAUCUCGAGCAGGGUAAGCGCAUCGCGUACGGGAAGCAGCGCUGGCGCGUUGUGACCCUUGAUGGCCAGCUCUUUGAGACGACCGGUACCAUGUCCGGUGGUGGAGGUCGACCCGCACGAGGCAAGAUGAGCUCCAAGAUCGUUGCGGACGAGUUCACGCCCGAGGUCGUGGCUCGGUGUGAGAAGGAGCGCGAAGCUUCGUCGGAAGCGCUGCGCAUCUUCACGGAGGACAGAUCCAAGGCCGAGCGCGAACUGGCAACGCUGCGCAAACGCUUGCCCGAGGUCGACAUGGCCAUCGACAAGAUCAAGAUGGACGUCAAGGCGAGUGACAAGCGAAUCGCGGAAGCGACGGCUCGGCUCAAGGAGCUCAAGACACAGAGCAAGCCCGAAGCGGGGGACCUCAAGAAGAUUGAGCAACUCGACAAGGAAAUCACUUCCCUUUCGAAGGACCUCGAUAACCUCAAGUCCGAGACCAAGGGCAUUGAAGGGCAAAUCAACGCUCUGCAAAACAAAAUCCUCGAAGUCGGUGGUGUGCGACUGCGCGGUCAGCAGACCAAGGUGCAAGAUCUCAAGUCGCAAAUCGACCUCGCGAACGAGCGCUUGACCAAGGCCGAAGUAGGCAAGGCCAAGUCAGAGAAGGACGCCGCCAAGCUGACAAAGUCGAUUGGCGCGAACCAGAAGGCGUUAGAGGCGGCGCAGCAAGAGCUCGAGGAACUGAUGCAGCAGAUGCAAGGCGGCGACGAGGAAGUCUCGGCCGUUCGUGAUGCGGUCGCCAAGGCUCAGGCCGUUCUGGAGAGCAAGACGGACGAACUGGCCGAGAUGAAGCGCACGCUCGAUGCCCAAAUCGAAAUCAUGACCCAGUUCCGCAAGCGCGAGGUGAGUUCCAACCCAUUUCUCUUCGCAUCCUGACGCUAGCGAUCAACUAACAGUAUGCAAGCACAAUCCAACAGAUGGAGCUGAAGCAGCAGGUCGACCAGCACACCAAGCUACUCAAGGAGGCGAACAACGCGAUCGAGUAUUGGUCCGAGAAGGUCGCGAACCUCGUGCUCAACGAGAUCAACGAGGACGAUGAUGAUGACGAAGAAGGAGAAGCUGGCGAGGGAGCGGUGCGCGAAAAGCCACCUCGGCCCGAAACCGAGCUUCAUCAAUACUCGGACGAAGAGAUCGCAGAGCUUGAUGUCAAGGUCCUCAAGGCCAAGAUUUCGGCGCUCGAAGGUGCGUAAAGUCGCAAUCGUGAUAAGUCUGGUUAGUCACUGACUCGCUCUGGACCCAUAGAGCGAAUCGCGCGAUCGACGCUCGACCUCUCGGUCCUCAAGGAGUACGCGCGACGUGAGAAGGAAUUCAUGCAGCGAGCGGCGGAUUUGGACGCGGUUACGAAGGACCGUGACGCGGCGAAACAGUUGGCCGACGACCUGCGCAGUCAGCGCCUCCGCGAGUUCAUGGGUGGUUUCGGUAUCAUCUCGAUGAAGCUCAAAGAGAUGUAUCAGGUAUGUCAGACAGCACAAUGGGAGUCUGUCGCCUGGCUGACGUCAAACUAUUGUUGCAGAUGAUCACGCUUGGUGGUAACGCGGAGCUCGAGUUAGUGGACUCGCUCGAUCCCUUCUCCGAAGGCAUCAUCUUCUCCGUCAUGCCGCCCAAGAAGAGUUGGAAGAACAUCUCCAAUUUGUCGGGUGGUGAGAAGACGCUCAGUUCGCUUGCCCUCGUGUUUGCGCUGCACGUCUUCAAGGUCAGCUCGCCAGCUUUAUGAAACAGUGUUGAGCUAUCUCUGACCCUCCUGUUGACAACCGCCGUUCGCAGCCUACACCUCUCUACUUCAUGGAUGAGAUUGAUGCCGCUCUCGAUUUCCGGAACGUCUCCAUCGUUGCCAACUAUAUCAAGGAUCGGACAAAGUGAGUGCCACGCCUCUCACUUUCUCCAUCAACAGACCUCGUCGCUAAACUAGACUACCUUUCGUCGAUUAGGAACGCCCAAUUCAUCAUCAUCUCCCUCCGUAAUGUAAGAUGCGUUCCGAGAGGUGACUUUUCUCUGAUCUCUCUACUGUACUGAUCACAUAUUCUACCGCCAACGUCGAUCAGAACAUGUUCGAGCUCUCGUCUCGACUCAUCGGUAUCUAUAAGGUGGCCAAUCAGACUCGUAGCGUCGCGAUCGGUAAGCUCAUCUACACGUCUGAUCUCCCGCCUCGUCUAGACGCUGAACUUCGAUCUUGUACUUGUGCAGAUAACAAAGAGCUCGCCCAGAUCCAAAUGGUCCCCGCAACAGCCUGA